AUUGCUUCAAAAACUUCAAAUCAUAUUCAAUAACUUCUUUAUUUAUGAUUGUUACAAGUACAAUGCUACAUGUUGAAUGUGCUAAUUAAGUUCUAAUUUUUAUAAUUAAACCACCAAAAUUUUUGUGUCUUACAAGUUUCAUAAGAGUUAUAAAAUAUGUUGAGAUUUGAAAUUGUCUCAUCAAGAACAGUGGAAGGCGAAGAUAAAGAAAAAAAGUUUGUAGCUUAUAUGUUACAAGUGCGACAAGAUGUUUCAGAUUCAAUGGCAUUUGAUCCUGAUCCUGCUAAUGUGGAGCGAAGAUAUACAGACUUUUUGUGUCUUUACAAUGGAUUGAAGAAGGAUUUUCCAGCUUUAUUGAAUAAUGUAACAUUUCCAAGAAAGAUUUUAAUGGGUAAUUUUGACCCAAAUUUAAUAUCAACCAGAUGUACUGCAUUUGAGUCAUUGUUGAGUUUGAUAGCCAAUGAGUCACGGCUCAGGGAUUCACCUGCGUCAAUUGCAUUUUUUCAAGAGGUGGAGCUGAAGGAAGCUAAAAGACUGAUAGAUGAAGGCAAGUUUGAUCAGGCACUGUCUGUCUUGGAGAGCAGUUUUAAAUUAUUGAAUAAGGUGUAUACUGACAGAUCUCGGGUGGUUCUGAGCGUUUUAUGUCGUAUAGUAGCAUGUGCUGGGGCGAGUGGUGGUGUGCUGGCCGGCCCGGUGGAGCGUUGGGCUCAGCUUGCAUUGAAACGAUAUGAAGCUGUCAGUGACUCGGAUCUAUUGCUUAUUUAUGUACCACUGUUACAUACUUGUAUAUCUAUUUGGGACACAUUGGGAAAAGAUAAAUCUAAAUUAAUUGAAGAAUUAAAUGGUCUUCGCAAACGUGGCAUGAAAGUGGACUCGGUUCCGAGUCUCAUGGAGGCAGUUGAUAAUUUAAUUAUUAUUUAAUGUAAUUAUUCGUAAGUCAAAUCGCUUUAUAUGUAUAUAAUCAAAUCAAAUUAAUAUAUAAUAAUAAUGUGAUAUUUAGGAACUGCUUAGUAUUUAAGACAUUCUAUUUCUAACCUAAAAUAGUCAAUUAUCGUAAUCCAACAUUUUUGGGUUUUAUAUUACUUUUAAUGCUUUAAAUAAUUAUAUUUUAUUUCUAGUAUUUAUAUUUUUUGAGCCUCUAUAAUUAAAAAAAAAGUUAUUGACAGCUUUUAAUAGGUAGAUUUUAAAAUGAGCCAUUUUCAGCCUAUUUAACCAUUGAUAUGCAACUAAAGAAGUUCACAAUGCUUAUUAUGUGUGCCUAAACUUUACAUCUUACGUAGUAAUUAACAUAUAAGGAUAGAUAUAUUAAAAACUAUUUGAUAUAUGAUCUUUUUAGUAUUAUAGGAUUUCUUAUUU